GCAGGAUGCCCGACCCUCCGGCCUCGCAGAACAAGGAAAUAGACUGUCUGAGUCCAGAAGCUCAGAAACUGGCGGAGGCCCGGCUUGCGGCGAAGCGUGCGGCCCGCGCUGAGGCUCGAGAGAUCCGCAUGAAGGAGCUGGAGCGGCAGCAGAAGGAGGAAGACAGUGAGCGUUACUCUCGUAGAUCCAGAAGAAACACAUCGGCUUCUGACGAAGAUGAGCGCGUGUCAGUGGGUAGUCGUGGAAGUCUGAGGGUUGAAGAGAGACCAGAAAAAGAUUUUACUGAGAAGGGGUCUCGUAACAUGCCAGGCUUGUCUGCAGCCACUUUGGCCUCUCUGGGUGGGACUUCCUCUCGGAGAGGCAGUGGAGACACUUCCAUCUCCAUUGACACUGAGGCAUCCAUUAGGGAAAUCAAGGACUCCUUAGCAGAAGUUGAAGAGAAAUAUAAGAAGGCUAUGGUUUCCAAUGCUCAGCUAGACAAUGAGAAGACAAACUUCAUGUACCAGGUUGAUACCCUAAAAGAUAUGUUGCUGGAGCUUGAAGAACAACUGGCUGAAUCUAGGCGACAAUAUGAAGAGAAAAACAAAGAAUUUGAAAGGGAAAAACAUGCCCACAGUAUACUGCAAUUUCAAUUUGCUGAAGUCAAGGAGGCUCUGAAGCAAAGAGAAGAAAUGCUUGAGAAACAUGGAAUCAUCCUAAAUUCAGAAAUAGCUACCAAUGGAGAGACUUCAGACACUCUAAAUAAUGUUGGAUACCAAGGUCCUACCAGGAUGACAAAAGAAGAGCUAAAUGCCCUCAAGUCUACAGGGGAUGGGACACUAGGAAGAGCCAAUGAAGUGGAGGUGAAAAAUGAAAUUAUGGAGAAUGUGGGGAAAAGAGAAAUCUUGCAGAAUACUGAGAAAGAACAGCACAAAGAGGACACAAUAAAGGAUUGUGUGGACAUAGAGGUCUUACAUCCUGGUGAAAUUACCAAGGACCAGAAAACCUCUGAUGAAGACAAUGCCCCUUCCCUAGGGACGUUAGAAAGUGCUAAAUGUGAGGAAAAGGUCCAAAGCCAAAUUCUAGAUAACACUUCUUUCCUUGAAAAUACAGAGCAGUUUGAGUCAGAUGAGGUCAUCAAUGUGUCAGAUGAUAGGACUGGAGUUUCCUUUGAUCAUUUCAACUGUUUGAACGACUUAGAUAGUGAGAGCCACAUAGAGACCGUAGAAGAGGCAGGGAUAACUCAGGUUGGAGAGCAGGUAGGCAUAGUGGCCUCAUAUCCUCCAAAGUGUAGUGAUGACACAGUGUGUCAUGAUGAAAAACGUGCAGUAGAUGCCCCAGAAGAGUUGGAGCCAAGCACAAGGGACAGUUUAGAAAAAGGACUUGCCAGCCAGGAAGUAGGUGAGCCCAAGGAGGUCCUAGUUCAGAGUACAGAAGUAGGUAGGGAGAACAAUGAAGAAGAAGAUGAAGAAGAAGGAUUAAGGGAUGAGAAACCAAUCAAGAUGGAAGUCCAAACCAUUCCUGGUUCUCUGGCAGCCAAGAGUGGUUAUCAGGAAGCAACAUGUCCAAGCAUAGUAGAUACUGAAAGUGAACCCCUAGAUAUGAAAGAGCCUGACAGAGAAAAGAAUGACCAGCAGGGAGAGGCAUUGGAUUCAUCACAGAAGAAGACAAAGAACAAGAAAAAGAAAAACAAGAAGAAAAAAUCACCAGUACCUGUAGAAACCCUUAAAGAUGUUAGGAAAGAGUUAACAUAUCAGAACACAGAUUUAAGUGAUGAAGUUAAGGAAGAAGAGCUGGUAAAAUUUACUGACAAAAAAUAUGUAGUGGAAGCCCAAAAUGAGGUGACUAAAAAUCUAGGACAGAAAAUUGUAGCAGAAAGCAGUGAAAAUGUUGAUUGUCCAGAACAUCCUAAAACUGAGCUGGAUGGAAAACUUAACCAAGAUAAUGAUGAUAUAAAAACAACAGUAGGGAAAGUGAUAGCUGAUGGAGACACAUUCAAUUCUGAAGAUGAUGCAAUUCCAUUACCAGGCACUAGUGCUAGCGAUAAAGAAUUAGAUGAAGGUGUUAUAAAAGAUAAUGUUAAAAAAGAUGGUGCCUCUCAAAGCAAUCCUCUAGAGCCAGAGAAUGAAGAAGCAUAUGGCAAUGACCUGCUCGAAAAAAAAAGUCCCUUAAAGGACAUUAAUGAUGGCUCUCGAACAGAAAGUACAGAGAGGCAUGUGGUAUCAGAACACCCGUAUCAGACAAUCAGGAAAGACAGCAUUAGUCUAGAAAACGAUGACUUGUCAGCACCAGGAGGAGAGGGGGACUUCAAUUCAGAAAGCAGAGAAGAUACAAGAGGAGGAAGUGAGAAGGGCAAAAGCAAAGAAGACUGUACCAUGUCCUAAGUUGAGGCAGACGGCAGAAGGCAGGCAUGAUGCGAGGAGGAAUUCUAGAAAAGGGCCAAAGACUGUGCACAGUAAGUCUGAUUGUAAGAGACUCAUCUUUUAUCUCCGCUGGCGAUGUAAG